AUGGACCAAUCAGGAAUACCGCAUCCGAAACCUGAGAUUGACUUGUCUCACUCUGAUGGGAAUCUCGCCAUGGCUAAAGCUUUAACCCGUAUGACAGAAUUUCUUCAGCAGAAUUUUCCGCCGCAAAGGGAGCAACAGAACGGUUGUCCGUACGAACGCUUUUUAGCUCAUAGGACCCCUACUUUUUCUGGGCAAAAGGAUCCACUUCAUGCUGGAAGGUGGAUUAGUGAUCUCGGAAAGACAUUUGAGAUAUGUGAGUGUACUGAAACUCAAAGGGUGUUAAACGCAAGUUACCUGUUGCAAGGUGACGUGACUGCUUGGUGGGGAACCAAACGGGAGCUUCUGGAAAUGGAGUUAGGAUCUAUUGCAGCGGUAUCUUGGCCGCUGUUUAAAAAGGAAUUCAAUGAUCGUUUCUUCCCGAAUACUAUGAGGAAACAAAAGGCACGAGAGUUUAACAAUUUAGUACAAGGGGUGUUGACGGUCGAGCAGUAUGCCCGGAAGUUUAUAGAACUCGGGAAGUUUGCUACACAUUUGAUUGCUACGAAAGAGAUGCGGAUCGAGCGAUUUCAGGAGGGUCUACGGUGGGAGAUUCGUAGACAGGUUGCUUGCUUGCAAAUUCUGACUUUUCAGCAAUUAGUAGAGGUUGCUUCGAUUGCAAAGCGGGAGUUUAUUGAUCCUGUUGCUACACCAAUUGGGCAAAAGAGAAGAGUUUUUGGGGAAGGAAGUAGUUCGGGGUCUGCACCUAAGUUUAUUUCCAGGACUGGGGCCCGACCGCAGAUGGCCACCGGAAUACGAAUGGGAGGUCCAGCGCCAGUAUGUGGCAAAUGCAAUAGGUCGCAUGUCGGCGAGUGCCACAUGUCUGGGAUUCAGUGUUUCAGAUGCAGGCAAACAGGGCAUCUUGCUUGCAGCUGCCCUACCAUGAUGCAGGCGAAUCGAGGCGGUUACCGUGGUGGGAGGACUACUCCAAGACCAACUGUUCAAGCUAGGGUCUACGCAGUGACACCUGGUGAGGUAGAUGAUGAAGCUCAGGAAACCCAAAAUGCUAGAGUCAUCACAGGUAGAGUUCGACUAUAUGAUUAUUAUGCUUGCACUUUAUUUGACUCGGGAGCAUCUCAGUCAUUCAUUUCUGCCACCUUUGCUCGGAUGUGCAACCUAGUUUUUAAACCUUUAUCACAGUCUUUGGUAGUGAAGUUACCAAAUGGGGAAACUGUGUGGUGUUCGAAGGUUACCUUAGGUUGUCCUCUGGUUUUAAAUGGAAUGACUCUUAAGGCAGAUUUGAUAAGGUUUAAAUUACUUGAGUUUGACAUUAUUCUAGGAAUGGAUUGGUUAUAUCAGUAUUUCGCCAGCAUUAAUUGUCAUAGUAGGAUUGUUAGUUUCCAACUACCUGGGGAUAAGUAUUUAGAGUUUGCAGGAAGUAAGAUAAAGGCGAAACCUGCAGUUAUAUCUGCCAUUCAAGCAAGCAGGGACUUAGCUAAUGGGGCGGAUGCCUAUUUGGUUCAUGUGGUAUCUGCACUUUCGGAGAGGAAAUCUGUAGCAGAUAUUCCGAUUGUGAUGGAAUUCUCUGAUGUAUUUGUGGAUGAUUUGCCCGGCUUGCCACCUGUUCGUGAAUUGGAGUUCGCCAUUGAUCUAGAAUCCGGUGUGGCACCUGUUCAUAAGGCUCCGUACCGAAUGGCGCCAGCAGAGUUAAAAGAGCUGAAGAGUCAAUUACAGGAAUUGGUAGAUAAAGGGUUUAUUCAGCCUACAAAUGCCCCUGCAGCAUUUAUGGAUAUGAUGAAUAGAGUAUUCCAACCCUAUCUAGAUUCCUUUGUGAUAGUCUUUAUUGAUGAUAUUUUGGUUUAUUCUCGAAAACCAGAAGAGCACGCCAGCCAUCUUCGAUUGGUUUUGGGUAAGUUAAGAGAUCAUCAACUCUUUGCAAAUCUGAACAAGUGCGAAUUUUGGUUGAAGGAGAUUAAAUUUCUUGGUCAUGUUAUGUCCCGGGAUGGAGUAGCAGUUGAUCCUAGUAAGGUCGAAGCUGUAUUGGCAUGGCCACAUCCUUCAAUGGUGCACGAAAUUCGAAGUUUUUUAGGACUUGCUGGUUAUUAUCGCAGGUUUGUGGAAGGCUUUGCUCGAUUGUCUGGACCUCUCACUACUCUUACCAGGAAAAAUGUUGAGUUUGUUUGGUCAGACAAAUGCGAGAAGAGUUUUCAGGAGCUGAAAAAGAGGUUAACUACAGCACCUGUUUUUGCACUUCCGGAACCUCAUAAGCCGUAUGUAGUUUUUAGUGAUGCUUCCAAAUUUGGUUUGGGAUGUGUGCUUAUGCAGGAGGGAAGAGUUGUGGCAUAUGCAUCCCGCCAAUUGAAAGAUCAUGAGAAGAAUUAUCCCACACACGACUUGGAGUUAGCAGCUGUGGUUUUCGCUCUCAAAAUUUGGCGAUUCUAUUUAUAUGGCGAGACUUGUGAAAUUUACACUGAUCAUAAGAGCCUUAAACAUCUUUUCUCGCAGAAAAAACUUAACAUGAGACAGAGGAGAUGGUUAGAGUUAAUCAGUGAUUACCAGUGUGAGAUUAAGUAUCACCCAGGGAAAGCAAACCUGGUUGCAGAUGCACUAAGUCAGAAGUCUUAUUCAGUUGAUGAGGUUGAGUCAUCAGGGUUAGACUCUCUUCUUUCUGGUAUAAGGAGACUUCUUACUCUUAGUUCUCAACAGGAAGAGGUGUUGACUUCAAUUCUUGAUAUCCGAGUUCUUGAUUUUGAGGAGUUGAAGACUCUACAAGAACAUGACUCUAAGUUGUUAGAUAUUAAAGAAAGAGUCAAGAAGUCACAAGGACCCGCGCAUUUCAGCCUAAGCAGAGAUGACAUUCUUUUAUUCCGUAAUCGUAGGGGGAUUCCUACAGAUUCAGAAUUUAAAGAAAGAAUCUUGACUGAGGCCCAUGCAGCGCCUUAUUCAGUUCACCCUGGAAGAGAUGAAGAAUCAGGUUCAAAUUAUAAGAGACAAGAUGGCAGCUGCGCAGAGUCGUCAGAAGAGCUAUUCGGACACGAGGAGAAGAGAUUUAUUAUUUGA